UUACAGGAUGAAGUGAGUGAGGAGGAGAUCGACAAUAACUACAAAUAUAACUUGUGUAUUUUUCCGUUGGAAAUUUUACAAAAUCGCAAAAGUUUUGCUGACGAAGAUAGCCAUAAAGGGUGGACUCAUGUUUUUGUUCAAUGUUAUUUAAGUUUGCGACCUAGUUGGAUGGAGUCUUUCUCUAGAAGUCGUCAAUUAUUUCAAUUCCCGUAUCAACAUGCACUUGUUAAAUGUUCAGUGGUAGAUGAUGAUGAGAUUAUCUAUGAAGCUUUUGGAUCUCAUGCAGAUUAUAAGCGCGCUUGUGACAUCGCUUGUUUUCGCUUAGGCGAGUUAUUAUCAAAGAAUGUUUCUUCUUUUAUGAUGCCACCAUAUCUCAUUGGAUUCCCGAACAUUCGUGGGCAUUGUUUUCUUAUAGCGGCUGUAUUACCUAUUUUUUACUCUUAUCCGAUCAUGUCAAAACUCUUCAAAAUAAAUUGUCAAGAUGUCCUGGAAGUAAAUUUAGGUCUAGGAGUCAAGCGACCCAGUAAACGCCCUAGGAUCGAGACACCUCGCAUGUGGAGUCAAUCAUUGUAUAGGUGUUUUAAAGAUUUCCACAAGAUUUCAAGAAAAGGUUUUUACGAGAUGAUUAAUUCAGGUUAUAUUGAAAAGAAAGUUAUUCCCGAAUCCAAGGAUGAUCCUGAGCUGCCUGAUGCACCUGUAAAUCCCCGUGAUGACAUAGUGCUGGAUACUCUUCUAAUUCGUGGUAUAUGUAAUAUGUUAGGAAAUUAUUGUGAUAAAGAUUAUUUAAAGCCAGGAGGAGAUGAAUGCCAGGCAUAUGGAUUCAUUAUGAGCAAACUUUGUUCUAGUAAUCCUGAACUAUACGGAGAUCUUUUUUUCCGUUUCAAGACCACAUCCGCAUGUGGUAAUUGUUGUAACGGCCCAUAUUCAUACGAGUUCGCACUUCCUUAUAUUUCAGUACCAGUGAAUAUUCAAUUCCAAAAUAUUUUGAAAAAUCCAGUAUUAUUGGCUAACGCUCAAAAAUUGUCUCAUGUACAUUAUGAUCCUUUAUAUUGUCCCGGAAAACUACGAGAUAUUGAUACCUGCAAAUUCCUAGAACAUCCUGAAGUUCUCUGUAUGAGAUAUGAAUUCGGAAAAUCGACCGAGGAGAUAAAUGUCCCCAAUAAUUUGUGGCUCACGGUCAAUAAUGUGAGUGAAAAGUACAAACGCUUGUGCAGUUCCGUUGUAAUAAAAUGUUAUAGAAAUGAGGAAGGUGAGGAUUAUCCAUCAUUUUAUCGUAAACCUAAUCCUACAGAUGUAUUUACUUCCUGGCAUACUUAUCUUCAUGUUAAAACCAUUCGUGGAUGGUACGAAGUGAAUAAUGGAAUAAUAUAUCCCGUGGAUACUCGAUUAUUCAAAAAGGCUACGCCUGGAUCUCUUCAUUUUUAUCAAAUAGAUAGACCUGAAUUUGUACUUCCUGAUUUAUGCAGGGAAUCUAUUGAAUUUUUUCCUGAUCGUUAG